AUAACAAACAGCCCCGUUUCUUCGUUAUUAUUCGUUCCCUUUCAUUGUCUCUCCCAUAUUCUGCUUCUCUCUCCGAUUCUCUGCUUCUUCCUCAAUCCAAUGGCGUCGGUGUUGGAUUCCGUUGAUGAUUUCUUAAGCCGUUGUCAGCAGUCCGGUGAUGUCGCCUAUGCCGCGCUCCGUUCCGUUCUCGACCGGCUUGAGGAUCCCGCUACCAGAGUCCGAGCUCGUGUUUUCCUUGCCGAUGUUCAGAGGCGUUUUCCUACCAAGGAUGAUUGUGACCGGUGCUUCUCCACCUACCAUUUCCGGAUCGAGGAUAUCUUUCUCGACCAAUACGAAGGUUACCGGGGGAGGAAGAAAUUGACGUCAAUGGUAAUCCCUAGCAUUUUUGUCCCAGAAGACUGGUCAUUUACUUUUUUUGAGGGAUUGAAUAGACAUCCAGACUCCAUCUUUAAAGAUCGAACGGUGGCGGAACUUGGUUGUGGAAAUGGGUGGAUAUCCAUCGCCAUUGCUGAGAAAUGGUUACCUUUGAAGGUCUAUGGCCUUGACAUCAACCCGCGAGCAGUAAAGAUUUCUUGGAUUAAUCUAUAUUUAAAUGCAUUGGAUGAGAAGGGUCAGCCCAUUUUUGAUGGUGAGAAGAAAACCCUUUUGGAUAGAGUAGAGUUCUACGAAUCUGAUCUGCUGGCCUAUUGUAGAGACAAUGACAUCCAACUUGAGCGAAUUGUUGGAUGCAUUCCUCAGAUUCUUAACCCAAAUCCAGAUGCUAUGUCCAAGAUGAUUACAGAAAAUGCAAGUGAGGAGUUUUUGUACUCGUUGAGUAACUAUUGUGCACUUCAGGGUUUUGUUGAAGAUCAGUUUGGAUUAGGUCUGAUCGCAAGGGCAGUAGAGGAAGGAAUAAGUGUCAUCAAACCGAUGGGGAUUAUGAUCUUCAAUAUGGGAGGUCGUCCUGGACAAGGUGUUUGCAAGCGCUUAUUUGAACGCCGUGGCUUCCGCAUUACCAGGCUUUGGCAGACAAAAAUUCUUCAGGCUGCCGACACUGACAUCUCUGCCUUGGUUGAAAUUGAGAAAAAUAGUCCACAUCGCUUUGAGUUUUUUAUGGGACUUGCAGGGGAUCAGCCUAUCUGUGCUCGAACAGCAUGGGCUUAUGGGAAGGCUGGUGGUCGCAUCUCUCAUGCACUAUCAGUUUAUAGCUGCCAACUCCGUCAGCCAAAUCAGGUUAAGACAAUAUUUGAUUUUCUUAAGAGUGGAUUCCAAGAAAUCAGCAGUUCAUUAGAUUUAUCAUUUCAAGAUGAUUCCGUUGCUGAUGAGAAGAUUCCAUUCCUAGCUUAUCUUGCCAGCAUAUUGAAAGAAAGUGCAUCUUUUCCAUAUGAGCCACCUGCUGGGAGUUUGCGUUUUCGAAACCUUAUUGCUGGGUUUAUGAAAACAUACCACAAAAUACCGCUCACUGCUGGAAAUGUUGUGGUCUUUCCUUCAAGGUCUGUGGCCAUUGAGAAUGCUCUUCGCUUGUUCUCCCCUCGACUUGCCAUUGUGGAUGAGCAUCUAACCCGGCACCUACCGAGGCAAUGGUUAACUUCGCUCAAUAUUGAGACAGGAAUUGAUCGUGCAGCAGAUGAUGUACUUACUGUUAUUGAGGCCCCAAGCCAGUCAGAUUUAAUGAUCGAAUUGAUAAAGAUGCUGAAACCUCAAGUGGUGGUGACUGGGAUGGCUCAUUUUGAAGCUGUUACUAGCUCAGCUUUUGUGCACCUUUUGGAUGUUACGAGAGAAAUAGGUUCCCGUCUUUUCUUAGAUAUAUCUGACCAUUUUGAACUAUCCAGUCUUCCAAGUUCCAAUGGAGUCCUAAAGUAUCUAGCAGCAAAGUCUCUUCCUUCUCAUGCAGCUAUUGUGUGCGGCCUGGUGAAAAAUCAGGUAUACAAGGAUUUAGAAGUGGCUUUUGUUAUUUCUGAAGAAGAAGCCAUUUUUAAGGCCUUGUCCAAGACUGUCGAAUUGUUAGAAGGGAACACCGCGCCCAUAAAUCAAUAUUAUUAUGGCUGUCUUUUUCAUGAGCUACUUGCUUUUCAGCUCGCAGACCGUCAUCUACCUGCACAGAGAGAAUGUGACAGAAGUGCAAGUUCAACAGACAUAAUUGGGUUUUCCAGUUCUGCCAUCUCAGUUCUCAAUAAUGCUGAGUUGUCGAUUAACCAGACUGAGAAUUCGUUCCUGAUUCACAUGGAUGUUGAUCAGAACUUCUUGCCUACACCAAUUCCAGUCAAAGCUGCUAUCUUUGAAAGCUUUUCAAGACAGAACAUGUCAGAGUCAGAAAUAGAUGUCACCACUAGCAUCAAGCAAUUUGUCAAAAGCAAUUACGGAUUCCCUACUGAAAACAACACAGACUUUACAUAUGCUGACAGCGCAUUGACAUUGUUUAAUAAGAUGGUUCUCUGUUGCAUCCAAGAAGGUGGAACACUGUGUUUUCCAGUUGGGACUAAUGGAAACUAUGUUUACAGUGCCAAGUUUUUGAAGGCAAAAAUUGUAAAUAUACCUACCAAAUCUGACGAUAGAUUCAAGCUAACAGAGGACGCACUUAAUCAAGUACUCAAUAAUGUGAAGAACCCAUGGGUAUACAUAUCUGGACCAACAAUUAACCCAACUGGUCUGCUUUAUGACCAGAAAGAAAUAGAGAAUUUGUUAACUACUUGUGCUAAAUUUGGGGCUAGGGUUAUCAUUGAUACUUCAUUUUCAGGAUUGGAAUUUGACUAUGAGGGUUGGGGUGGCUGGAAUCUGGAAAGAGUUUUAUCGAGGCUUUGCCCAUCUAGCAGUCCAUUUUCUGUAUGCCUGCUUGGAGGAUUGUCACCAAUGAUGCUAACGGGUGCUCUCAAAUUUGGUUUCCUGGUUUUGAACCAACCGCCUUUGAUUGACUUAUUCCAUAGCUUCUCAGGAUUAACUGGACCUCAUAGCACAGUGAAAUAUGCUAUAAAGAAGUUGCUAGGACUAAGAGAGCAGAAAUCAGGAGACAUGUGGGAUGCUGUAACCAGACAGAUUAUGGACCUGAGAACUAGAUCCAGGCGUCUGAAAGAGACACUUGAGAGCAAUGGAUGGGAUGUGCUGGAGCCCCAUGCUGGUGUCUCCAUGGUGGCCAAGCCAUCUCUUUAUAUGAACAAGACAAUCAGACUGAAGAACGCGGUUGAUUAUGAAGCAAAGCUCGACGAUUCAAAUAUCAGAGAAGCCAUUCUUAAGGCCACUGGUUUGUGCAUUAACAGCAGCUCAUGGACAGGAAUUCCUGGAUACUGUCGGUUCACAAUAGCAUUGGAGGAAAGUGAAUUUCAGAAGGCUCUCGAUUGUUUUGCUGAGUUCAAAAGAAUUGCCUGCUCCUCCUCGUAAGUGCUCUUUCUAUUGCACUUUCAUGUUUCCUUUUGCAUGUUGUCCGUUCUUUGAGUUGAUGAUUACGACACUAAAAACGACAGUUAUUUGUGCUUAAGUCUUUCCAUAUAUCAAUGAAAGGCCCCUUCUUAUUUCACUACUA